CCAGUCUUCGCUCGUCAGGAGGUUAUCAGCGAAGAACCGACAGUCCAGACAGAAGUAGAGGUCGGACGUCGUUCUGUGAGCGGAUCAUUUGUCUGAAGAUGACGGUGAACAUCUACAUCUGCCUGUUUGCUUUUGUUCUGGGCUGUAACGUCACUUCAGCAAUAAUCCAUAAAAUAGUCGAGGAGAAGAACCCUGUCUCUCUGCGUUGUCCUCACUCUGUGGAGGGUAAAGUGACGUGGAGCAGAGAGAGAGAUGGAACUAAAGUUGACAUACUUACAAUUGAUGGUGACAGAGAGAUAAGACACAAUGAUCCAGGCAAACGAUACAGUUCAUUUACAGAUAAAUCACUUUACAUUGGUAGAGUUACUGUCUCAGACACUGGAAGAUACUUCUGUAAUAAUGAACCAGCUGUGGAGCUGACGGUGAUCCCAUCAGGAACAACCAGACUUGAUGCUGCAGAGAGGACCACCAUCACUCUGAAAUGUCCUCCUGAUGUUGGAGGAUCAGAUGUUCCAACAUGGAGCAGAGACGCUGUUGAAAUACAACAACAGAGACGGUUUCAUGUUUCAACUGUGAACAACACGUUGAUAAUAACAGACCUGCAGCCUGCUGACUCUGGACUUUAUUACUGUGAUGGAAAACCUGUUGCGUAUCUGACUGUGAACAAAGAUGAGACAUCUGAGAGAGGGAACAAGACACCAACAACAACUGCAUCAACAAAUACAGAUACUGAUUACCUGUGGCAGAUGUCUGUUCGUACGGUGUUGGGAAUACUUUUUUUAAUCAUCAUGAUCAGCAUCACUGUCAUUAUCUGGAGAAAAGCUCGACAGAUAGAGAAGCGACACACAGAAACCGAAACUGAUCUCUGAUCCUCCAUCAAAGAGAAACAAGAGGUGUCUGGUGGACGUCCUGCACACUUUAACAGUCUCUCUUGUUUUUGGCCUUUUGUUACCUUGGUGGCUAAUUUCUCACAUUGCUUUUCACUCGAGCUUUCAGUACAUUAUUAUAUUUGUUGGAACUUGCGUACAUAUGUCCAAUACCCAUAAAAUGCUGCAUAUGUAACUGUAGUGUUAAAGAACAGGAAAAAAAGCUUAAAAGGCAAUUACACAUAAAGUGUCAUUAAAAGUGGCGUUCCCAUGGUAUCAUGUUGGAUAAAAUCAGUUGAACUGUUGAAGAGAAUCUUUUCAGGACAGAUCAGUCCCACAUGGUGUAGGUAAAAACAGCCUCGGUCUGUUUUCAGUGCAUGCUUGGAAAUAUGCAACAAAACACUUAACAUUCAACCCUUCUUCAUUCUAUGCAGGUAUACUGUCAGACAUACAAAUUGAAUAUGUUAUGAAAAUGCUGAGAUAACGGACUUUUCUAAAUCAGGAUCUGAAUUAAUUUAGACUGCUUUAUAAUCUGGAGACAGAGCCAGUACAGCCAAAACUACCUGACAAUCAGUGUAGUAAAGAAAGUGUAAUGCACAGUGGAACCAGUCAUUCUAGUGCUAAAACACCCCUCUUCCCCAUUUCACAGACUGAAAAAAUGUACGUAAUGUAUUAAAGGGUGCUCUAAUGUUUGCUGCUAACAUUAGCAUCUCUAGCUAACUAGCUCAAAUCUUUUUCUUUUGUAAAUGUGAAACAUGUUGAAAAUAUGCACAAUAAAGCAUAAAUUUAAUCUCUC